CUGCAGAUACUUUGUAUUGUGUCACAUCACUUGUUGAGCUAAAAGGAAACAUUAGCUGGAAGGGACGCUUCUUAAGGAGGACAUUAAGGACCUUCAGCUUGGAGACAAGAGGAAUGGCUGAUCUGGAGACCUCUGGGAAUAAAUACUGAGUGAUUUACAGAAUUAAAUCCAGUGGAACAGAAGGAAACUGUGCCAAAAUGUCUACGAGUAAGGAAGGAGCCCAGAAGAAAUGGGCAACUUUGAAGGAGAAACUUAGCCCUCAAAGCCCAGACCAGAUAGAGGGUAACCUGGAGAACGCAGACCCUGAGCUGUGCAUUCGGCUCUUGCAAAUCCCAUCCGUUGUAAAUUAUUCUGCCCUUAAGAAGCGUCUGGAGAGCAGCGAUGACAACUGGAUGGUGCAGUUCUUGGAGCUCAAUGGACUUGACCUUCUACUGGAAGCUUUGGAUAGACUUUCCGGAAGGGGGGUUUCGAGGAUCGCCGAUGCCCUCCUGCAGCUCACCUGCAUAAGCUGCGUGCGCACGUUAAUGAACUCCACCAAGGGUAUCGAAUAUAUUGUUGAAAACGAAGGCUAUGUCCGGAAACUUUCUCGAGCACUGGACACGUCCAACAUUAUGGUCAAGAAGCAGGUAUUUGAACUGCUUUCCGCGCUCUGCAUCUACUCUCCAGAAGGACACGCUUUGGCCUUGGAUGCUCUUGAGCACUAUAAGGCGGUGAAGAGUCAACAGUACCGAUUCAGCGUCAUAAUGAGCGACCUCUCAACUACAGACAACACUCCCUACAUGGUUACCCUGCUGAGUUUCAUCAACGCCAUUAUUUUUGGCACGGAGGAGCUUCGGCUGCGCAUGCAGCUCCGGAACGAGUUCAUAGGUCUGCAGCUGCUGGAUUUAUUAACAAAGUUAAGGGACUUGGAGGAUGAAGACCUGCUGAUCCAGACUAUCGUUUUCGAAGAGGCCAAGUUGGAAGAUGAAGAGGAGCUCCUUAAGAUAUAUGGAGGGAUUGAUAUGAACAACCAUCAGGAGGUCUUCUCCACGCUCUUUAACAAAGUUAGUUCUUCGCCGCUCUCCGUACCGUUGCUGUCUAUUCUGCAGGGUCUGCUGCAUUUAGAUGUUUCUCACCCGUCCAGCCCUUUGCUGUGGGAAGCCCUGGAAAUCUUGGUGAACAGAAGCGUUCUCCUUGCAGAUGACUGCAAGGACCAUAACCUCGACGAAAUCAUGGACAGGCUCUUGGCUUCAAGAAAACAUCCAAGCAAGCAGAAAGCAGAAAAGCAAGACCGUCAGAGUCUUCAGAAAUUAAAUAAGAGUAUUCAGACUGACAAACCCAAAGAUGGCUUUCAGGAUGAAGACUUGGAAAUUGCAUCGCAAAGUCUCCUGACUCCAAAAGACUGCACGACAUUGGCCAGUGCAAAACCAGAUAUGGCUGUAACUGGGUCAUCCUUGUCUCCUCCACUGCCACCGCCUCCCCCUUGUCCACCUCUGCCUGGUGUGGGGUUAUCGCCUCUUCCCCCACCCCCUCUGCCUGGAAAGGGGAGCGCUCUGCCACCCCCUCCUCCUCCAUUGCCAGGGAUGGGUGGGUUCCCUCCACCUCCUCCCCCAUUGCCUGGGAUGGGUGGGUUCCCUCCACCACCUCCUCCUCUGCCAGGGAUGGGUGGUUUCCCUCCACCACCUCCUCCUCUGCCAGGGAUGGGUGGUUUCCCUCCACCACCUCCUCCUCUGCCAGGGAUGGGUGGGUUCCCUCCACCACCUCCUCCUCUGCCAGGGAUGGGUGGGUUCCCUCCACCACCUCCUCCUCUGCCAGGGAUGGGUGGGUUCCCUCCACCACCUCCUCCUUUGCCAGGGAUGGGUGGGUUCCCUCCACCUCCUCCCCCAUUGCCCGGGAUGGGUAAUAUUCCACCUCCACCACCAGGAAAGUUCACGGAUGAGAUUGUGGUUGCCCGUGUUGAUUAUUCAUUGGGUUAUUCAAGACAAGCUUGCCUCACAGUCAAUAGACCUUCUCUAAAAAUGAAGAAACUUAACUGGCAGAAAAUUCCGCCGAAUGUUGCCAAAGACAGACAUUCCAUGUGGGCCUCAUCGGGAACCAACGAGGACUCCUUAGAACCCAACUAUUCCAGUAUCGAGCAACUGUUUUGUCUUCCACAAGCAAAAGCUAAGGAAGAAGCCCCGGUAAAGAAAGCCCCAAAAGAGAUUACAUUUUUAGAUUCCAAGAAAAACCUUAACCUGAACAUAUUUUUGAAGCAAUUUAAGAGCACCAACGAAGAAAUAGUUGCCUUGAUUGAGAAGGGAGAUCGCUCUAAGUUUGACAUUGAGGUUUUGAAACAGUUCCUCAAGCUGCUUCCUGAAAAACACGAAGUGGAGAACUUAAAAGCAUUCCAAGAAGAUAAGUCCAAAUUAUCCAACGCAGACCGGUUCUACCUGUGUCUUCUUGGUGUCCCGAGGUAUCAGCUUCGCAUUGAAUGCAUGCUGAAUUGCGAAGAAGCCAGUCUUUUGCUUGACAUGCUGCGUCCGAAGGCACAGGUCGUCAGAGCAGCAUGCGAAGAUAUCGUUGCCAGCCAGAGGCUUCCUAUCUUCUGUCAGCUAGUCCUGAAAGUUGGAAACUUCUUAAAUUAUGGAAGUCACACUGGAAAUGCUAAUGGUUUUAAAAUAAGCACUUUACUGAAACUGACGGAGACCAAAGCGAAUCAAACGCGCAUUACGUUACUCCACCACAUAUUAGAGGAGAUAGAAGGCAAUCAUACAGAUUUGCUUCAACUUCCAAAUGACCUUGAGAAAGUGUCCUUGGCUGCUGGUAUUAACAUUGAAAAUAUAUACUCGGAAACGAGCAGCAACUUAAAAAAGCUAAAACGUCUUCAGGGGGACAUUUCUGCGUCGCCGAAUGAUAUUAAGGAGCAAUAUGGAAAACUAGUUCAGGACUGCAUUGAUUCACUUAACGAAUUGGACCAGGAACUCGAAGAAAUCUCCCAAAAGAAGAAACAGGUGGCUGAGUAUUUAUGUGAAGACUCGGACAAAUUGUCCCUGGAAGAUACCUUCUCGACCAUGAAAACCUUCAGGGAUCUGUUUCUAAAAGCAAAAAAGGAGAAUAAGGACCGGAAAGAGCAAGCGGUUAAAGCCGAAAAACGGAAAAAGCAACUUGAAGAGGAAGAAGCCAAGAGACAAAAAGGCGAAAACGGAAAAAUAAUCCGCAAAGGCGUGGUGAAGGUGGAAGAAGGCUGCGUCAUCGACGCUUUGCUGGCAGAUAUCAAAAAAGGAUUCCAGCUCCGCAAAACGGCCAAGAGCAAGACUGACGCGGACGCCGGCCAAAAGAACGCGAGCGGCGAGACACAUGGCAAACCCUUAGAAUCGGCGGAAGACCCCAAAAAAGAGACUGAUGUGAAAGUCAAAGCGGAUCAUAGCGGGGAGAGUUGUUCAGAUUCUUCAGUUAGGGUUGACGCUCCUAAAAACAGAGAGGAAUGCCGACCCGUCCCCAAGUCAACUAGCGCUUUAGAUGCUGGAGGAAGUCCUUGUGAGUCUUUCCUAAAAGAAAAUACUAGCGUUGAAAGCACCGGCCAACCAGCGUUUAUUACGCCUAUAUCUUUAAAUACCUCCACGUGUGUCAUAAAGGGUGAUCAUGUAGAGAACAUAAAUGUUCCUCAUUCCGUUAUCAACCAGGAAGAUCCAAGUCAUUCGAAAGACCCAAAAGAUCAUAAAAGCUCAAGUGGGAUGGACGUUGGUGAACCUGAUGGUCAGAAAAAUGCAGUUGAAAUUGAGGGACAACAAAAAACUACAGAUGAAACAGACUAUCGGAAUGAAAGAAACACCCCCGCGGAAUCUGGAGGAACGGACAUCCCAGCCCUGGAAAAUGCAGCAAUUAAAGACCCUUCACCAGCUCCAACAAAUCCAACCAAUGACCCCCUGACACCAUCUUCUGUUGAAUGCCGUCCAGUAGAACAUGAAAGUGCCUCUGGUCAGGGUGCUGUUCCAGAUGUGGACAGUGCCAUGGCUGAAGGCCCUGCACCGGUACAGAAGACUUCCUUGAGUGAGACACCAGCUGUUGACGAUGCCUUGGUAGAAGGUUCUCCAGCAACUGAAGGACGAGAUUUGGCUAAAAGUUCUCUGCCAGCUGAGGAAAGCGUAUUAGUUGAAGUGUCUCCGCCAGAUGAGGAAAAAGAUUUACUGAAUAGUUCUUCAAACUCAGCCCUCCGACGCCAACCAUCUGAUGACCAGAAGGGGAAGAGAAGUUCCGGAAGACACAAAAAGAAGAAAAGACACUCAAAAAGUGGAGAAGAGAUUGGAAUUGCUCCCGAAACUCAUAAAACAAACAGUUGUGUGAUACAGUGAGGUUAUAAACCGAAGGCAAAGAACAAGCAAUGAACUCCAUGAAACAUUCAUUCGCUCGGACGUUGUAAUCCAGCUUCAGCUUCUUGUACUGUUAAUGAAUUCACAAUAUAUAUUAUUUCAAAAGAUCAAAUGUAUAAAUGCAGAGAUUCGAGGAAAUCUGCGUCACCCUCGGUAAAAUCUUUAUU